UUGCAAGAUCGCGUGGCACCAAAAUAAAAGUUUCUUGUGAUCAUCCUAAAAUUGCCCCAUCUUGGGGGCAACUUCUGUUACAGAAAAGUGGGAGGGGCUAAUGAGAAAAAGGAUCUUUGACAUAUUUUUUUAAACAAAUUACACGAUUAGGAGCUACAUCAGUUACAAAUUUUCGGCGUAUAAGAGAAAAUUGAACAUUUAUUAAAACUUAAACUAAUUUUGGAGUGCAACUCUAUCUUGAUUGAGCGUGUGUUUUGUUAGGUUCAUGUUCAAGGAGACCUGUUAGAUUUUUAAAAGUGUUCGUCUUUUUUAAGAAUGCAAGGAGGUUAGAAAAAAGAAGCACGAACCCCCCAGAGAUUCUUCGAAGACUACGACGGACAUAAAAAGAAAAAUUUAAGAAAACCUCUGUCUGAACAAGAUGGCGUUUAAGAACACAACAGUUUAUCUCGAUUCCUUAAAAAUGAAUUUACCUCAGCCACCUAUGUCAAAAUUUCGCGUUCUUAAAAAUCUGUUUGUAGUAUGCAUCGGAUUUCUAUUUCUGUUCAGUGCUUACCUAGGAUUAGCAAAUCUCCAAAGCACUCUGAACAUAGAGGACAACAUAGGAAUGAUUUCUCAAAGUGUCAUCUACGCUGCUAUGAUUAUAUCAUGUUUGUUUCUUCCGAAACUCAUAAUUAGAAAAUAUGGACUCAAAACCACCUUGGUAUUAAGUGCUUUGAUGUUUAUUCCAUACAUAGCUGUAAACUUCUAUCCAAUUAUGCCACUAUUUAUACCUGCAUCUGUUAUCUUAGGUCUGGCAUUUCCCGCUUUGUGGUCAGCUAAGUGCACUUACCUAAAUGAAAUCAGUGAGCUGUAUGCUAAUCAUAUUUCAGAGACGACCGAAGUUGUGACACCUCGCUUCUUUGGAAUAUUCUUCAUGACAUACCAAAGCACUCAGAUAUUUGGUAACUUGGUGUCUUUUUACGUUUUGAAACCGUCAGAAGGCAAUGAAGUAGUGGCCAUGUCCAAUUACAACGAGUCUAUCACGUGUGGGGUUGAUUUUUGCUUUGAAAUUAAUGACAACCUAGUUGCACCAAGCGAUGAUAAAAGAUAUAUUCUUAUUAGUAUUUACUUGAUGUGUGCUGCAAUGGCUGCUCUAAUUAUGGGAUUGUUCUUGGACUCUUAUGAAAGAAAAACCGUAGAUGAAGCAGAAAGUCUGUCGUCUAGGGUGCUUGCUACUCUUAAACAUUUGAAGAAUCCAAAGCAAAUGUUAUUGUUGCCUUUAAGUAUUUUUAGUGGUCUAGAUCAAGGUUUCUUUCUGGGAGAUUUUACAAGAGCUUAUAUAGGAUGUGCAUGGGGAAUUCAUCAUGUAGGCCUUGUGUUCGUAUUCUUGGGAAUUGUGGAUGCUUUUAUUUCAUUUACUGCCGGACGUCUUGCUAAGUACGUUCCUAGAGUAAUAAUCAUGAUGACUGCUGGAUUGGGAAGUUUGACAGCUUAUAUUAUUCUCUUGCUUUGGGAACCAAACAGUGAGCAGUACAUCGUAUUCUUUCUCAUAGCCGGAAUAUGGGGUCUUGGUGACGGAAUAUGGCAAACUAUGGUGAAUGCUUUCUAUGGUGUGCUAUUCAGAUCUGAUGAAGAAGCAGCUUUUGCCAAUUACAGAUUAUGGGAAGCUGCUGGGUUCACAAUUGCAUUCGCGUAUAGCAGUGCUCUAUGCAUAGGUCCAAAAAUUUAUAUAGUUUUGGCUUCGUUGACUGUCGGAGUAAUUGGUUACCUCACUGUCGAAGUUCUUCUGCUUUUUGAAAGAAGGAGGUCUUUAGAGAAUGCUUAAAGAGUUAUGCUAAAUGAAAUAAAUGUAUGUGAUGGUCCCUGGCUGGCUUACUCUGAGAUCGGGGUUGUCAGCCACGUCUGAUUAGAUGUAGUUAUUUAUUGAACAGUGAUUGCGUACAGUCACAAAAAUGGUUCACAUUGAACUACUGUUGAAAUAUGUUAGGUUGUUGAGCUAUUUAUAUCUUUUGAAUUUGCUGCAGCUUAAGCAAGUUAAAGCAAAUUUCCGUCCGAAUUAAACAAUAUUGUCAAGUAAGGGAACGAACCUUAACAAUUUUACACAAGAGUAUUGUGCACAACUUUUGAAAGUUGUAGAAAAUUUGUAUGAUAUUUUGGUUUAACAGAAAUUAGUUUAAUGUCAUUUGUAUUAACAUAUUAUAGCUUUUCUUUCCUUAUAUCUUCAUGCAUAUUACAUCUGACCAAUGCAAACAACUUAGGUAUUUUAAUUGUUUUGGUAGUCUUGGUAGAGUUAAUAUCGUAUCUCAUUUACAUAGAAAAAAAUAAUGCUAAUUUAACUGGUUUUUCAACAAACGAGCUUAAUUUCUUUUCUAACAUUUUAAAAAUUUUGUUUCCAAAUCUUUUUUUUAAAAUUAAGGAACGAUUGAUGAUCUUUGUAAUCCAAAGCUUCUUAUUUUUAAUAUUUUAUCAUACAGACAUAAAUGU